AUGAGGGAACUUCGACUAGAUACAGUAGUUGAAUAUCUCGCGGAAUAUUGGCAGACAACACGGCUUUUACAGAAGGCAAAGGACGUCCUCUUUAUGUACAUUCUGUACUCAUGGAUAUUUAUUCCGGUGUUCAGAACCGUUUAUGGGUAUGGUCUUUUCAGAUCAAUCCAUUUUGUUUACGUGAGAUGCGCCAAGUUUGUAUUAUCGCUUCUUUUCAAACUACCAGCCAUCAAGAAGAAAGUAGACAAGGAGAUCAAUGACACCAAAAGAAUGCUGGAAAAUGAAUUGAUUGUAAAAGCUGACAAUGUAGAUCAUCAUAAAGUUCCUGAAAUUGGCUUUUCAAAAGAAAAAGUUUUACAAGAAUUGAGUUUCUUGGAUGAUUUAAAAGCCGUUGCCUGGAAAGAGGGUAAAGUAUCAGGUGCCGUCUACCACGGUGGAGAUGAAUUGAUUCAACUACAAACAGACGCAAUCCACAAGUUUGCAGUCUCUAAUCAAUUACAUCCAGAUGCUUUCCCCGGAGUUCGUCAAAUGGAGUCUGAAGUUGUUUCAAUGGUUUUAAACUUAUUCAAUGCUCCUCCUAGCGGUUGUGGUACAACCUCUUCUGGUGGCUCGGAGUCUCUAUUACUAGCAUGUCUAGCUGCUAGAGAGAAGGCGCUUUGUGAGAGAGGAAUUACUAAUCCAGAAAUUGUUGCCCCAAAAACUAUACAUGCCGCAGUUUUCAAAGCGGCUAAAUAUUUCAACAUGAAGUUGAAUUUGGCAGAUUUAGACCCUGAAACAUACACUGUAGAUACCAACCAUAUGAAGAGAUUAAUCAAUAGCAACACUGUAAUAAUCUUAGGCUCUGCGCCUAACUUCCCCUAUGGUACAAUUGAUAAUAUUCCAGAAUUGUCCAAACUCGCUCUAAAAUAUAAUAUUCCACUACACGUCGAUUGCUGUUUGGGUUCUUUUGUCAUUGCUUAUUAUGAAAAGGCAAUGGGCAAAAGGUUGCCCUUUGAAUUUGAUUUUAGGCUUCCAGGGGUAACAUCAAUUUCCUGUGAUACUCACAAGUAUGGAUUUGCUCCAAAGGGAUCGUCCGUUAUAAUGUACCGUUCGCCUGAACUUAGAAAAUAUCAAUACUACAUCUCAUCGGAUUGGGUCGGAGGCUUGUAUGGUUCUCCAACCUUAGCUGGUUCACGUCCUGGUGCUUUGACUGUUGGUGCUUGGGCAACCAUGGUUUAUCUGGGUGAUGAUGGAUACACAAAAAACGUGCGUGAUAUCUUGGAAACAUCACUCAAACUAAGGAAAGCAAUUGAAGAUAUUCCGGAAUUAGACCUCAUUGGUGACCCUAUUUUGUCUGUUGUUGCGUUCAAAAGUGAUAAAAUUAACGUCCAUGCCUUGGGCGAUAAGUUGAGUAAACAAUAUGGUUGGCACUUGUCUAGUUUACAACAACCUGCUGCCUUGCAUUUGGCUGUUACAAAAUUGACUACUCAGGCAAUUGACGAAUUGGUUAUAGAUAUCAAAAAAUGUGUAAAAGAAUGUGUGGAAAUCGUCAAGAAGGAUGGUCCUAAUGCCAUCAAGAGUGAUACUGCUCAACUAUAUGGUGUUGCUGAAAGUAUUGGCACCAGAGGUGUUGUUGAGGAAUUAGUAGGAUGUUUUAUCGACACCCUAUAUCAAACAGAUAAAACAUUCUAA